AUGGGCAGUAUUCCAAUAACCACAUAUGGAUUCAUUGGCCUGGGCCAAAUGGGCCACGGUAUGGCCAAGAACCUCCGACAGAAACUGCCCCAGAACUAUCCCAUGAUAGUCUUCGACGUCAAUAAGGAAGCAGUCAACAAGUUUCUCCAGGAACAUGCUGGAACAAAUGUCACUGCCGCUUCGUCCCCGAAGGAAAUAGCGGAGGUCGCAGAUGUGAUCCUAACAUCUGUGCCCCAAGCCGCCCACGUUAAGGCAGUGUUUCUUAAUCCGGAAACGGGACUUUUGGCGGCGGCGCCUGGUGAGAGAAAAAGGUUGUUUCUUGAACUCAGCACAAUUGAAGUUGCCGCUUCUACUGAAGUUGCGAAUGCGGUCGAGUCUGGAGGCUACGGCGAGUUCAUUGAUGCGCCGUGCUCGGGCGGCGCGAUGGGUGCAGAGAAAGGAGCGUUAUCCUUUAUGGUCGGUAGCCCGGAUCAUCUUUUCCUGCGGGUGCUCGAGAUCUGCAAGCUCAUGGGAACAGAGAGCAGCAUUUUCCACUGCGGUGCGCUCGGUGCCGGCCUCAAGACCAAAGUCUUGAACAAUUACCUAUCGUCUCUGACAACUCUGGCCACUGCAGAGACCAUCAAUAUUGGAGCUCGAAGUGGCUUGGAUAUUUACAAACUCAACGAAGUUAUCAACGCGAGUUCCGGCAUGAGCUUCAAUACUAAGGUUAACAACCCAGUUCCCGGGCUGACCCCCAAGAAUGCCGCAAGCAAUGGGUACAUCGGCGGGUUUUCGCUCGAGCUUUGCCUGGGUGUGCUUGAGUUAGGAUACCAGGAAGCACAAGCUGUUGGCGCUAGAGUCGUACUUGGGAAGCAGAUGGUGGAUGCGUACCGCGCGGCAGCUGAAGAGCCUAGGUACCAGGGCAAGGACUCGAAGAUCAUUUACAAAUGGCUUCAAGGAGAGGACGCUAAGAAUAUUGGAUGA